UCUAUGAUUAUUAUUAUUAUCUAUUAUCUAUUAUUAUUAUUAUUGUUAUCUAUCAGACUUGAGAAAAGGCCUGCUGUGCAAGCACUGGGCUGGUGCUGCCAUCUGUUGGCGGGCACAGGCCGACCUUCAUUUCACCCCACAUUAGCUCCGCUAUUUACGAGUGACUCGGACAUGGUUACAACAAUGACACAAAAACGAGAACAAUGUGAAAAUGCGACAAAACAGAAGAAAUUAAGCAAAAGAAAAGCAAAUGAUGCUGGACUAACUAUAUAUAUUUAUGUAAGCCAUUUCGCCAACAACAUUGUUCCCCUCAGCAUCGUAAUGACGACCUGCUCGAGUAUCAUGGCCUUACUGGGGAUGCCUGUCAACCUGUGGAUGUACUCUCAGUAUUGGCUGCAUGAAGGCGAGGACAGCAUCGUCGUGCCCUACGUAAAAAUCAUCACGUCCCUAGCCUUAAUGACCAUCCCCGUGGUGACGGGAAUGGUCAUCAGGCACUUUAAGAAGAGAGUCGCCAGCAUCAUCACCAAGGUGGCGGGGUUGCUGGGCUGGUUGGGAAUCAUGGUGUGCAGUAUUGUGGGUAUGAUGCUCUACGGGCGUCUCUUAAUAACCGCUUCACCGCUUAUCUACGUUGGUGCUGCCAUCCUUCCCCUCGCCGGCUUCACUCUCUCAUACGUCAUCGCCAAACUUACCUGCAGGAGUCACAAAGUGUGCUGCACCAUUGGCAUUGAGACUGGUUGUCAAAAUUUAGGUAUCGCCUAUAGCAUUGUCAGCAUAUCUUUCCCCGAUCCCGUGACGCGAGGGCAGAUCAUCGUCUUCCCUGUGCUCUACUACUUCAUCCUCUCUCUGGAGCUGUUGUUGGGCAUAUUUUUUCUCCAUAUAUAUAAGAAAAGAUGUUCCUUCCAAGACCAGCCGCAGGUCGAUGUCUCCAUGACCUACACAGCCAAGACUGAGACGGGAACCGCAGAAGAAAGACAGCCUGCCAUAGUCACUGAUUAAUACGAGAGAGAGAGAGAGAGAGAGAGAGAGAGAGAGAGAGAGAGAGAGAGAGAGAGAGAGAGAGAGAGAGAGAGAGAGAGAGAGAGAGAGACAGAGAGAGAGACAGAGUCUUAUGACGAUCGAUUUGUUGUGAUAAGUUUAGGUGAAACAGCUCGUCAGUGUGUCAACACCAAUCAUAAUUCUAUGAAAUCCUUGCUUGAAACUAUAGACAAUAAGAUAAGAUAAGAUUUCGCUUGGACUUUUAACCCCGGAGGGUUAGCCACCCAGGAUAACCUAAGAAAGUCAGUGCAUCAUCGAGGGACUGUAACUUAUUCCCACUGGGGUCCUCAAUCUUGUCCCCCAGGAUGCCACCCACACCAGUCGACUAACACCCAGGUAUCUAUGUAUCUAUUUGCUGCUAGGUGAACAGGACAACAGGUGUAAGGAAACGUGUCGAAAUGUUUCCACACCGCCGGGAAUCGAACUUGGGCCCUCCGCGUGUGAAGCGGGAGCUUUACCAGCCAGGCCACGGGGUAAGUAGCCCUGCUAUUUAAGCCAAAAUCGCAAUGUAAUAAAAUGUACGUGUUAGUAAAAAAGAAUGUAAAGAUGGGGUGGUAGGGGAAGUAGAAUAUUUAAACGGCUUCAGGAAGAAAUACAAAUAUUCUUCCUUGAAGCCUUUUUAUCCACUUCUCCGAGGCUGUGGCUUCCAAAAUUUACACCAGAUGGUGACACUUACAUGACGGAGUUUUCCAACUUCAGAUAAUGAUGGAGUUUUCCAACUUCAGAUAAUGAUGGAGUUUUCCAACUUCAGAUAAUGAUGGAGUUUUCCAACUUCAGAUAAUGAUGGAGUUUUCCAACUUCAGAUAAUGAUGGAGUUUUCUUACCACUUUACUGUAUCAUUAAUUUUAUUAGUAAUAAACUUUGUA